AUGGCAGAACCCAGGACAUUAAAGACCGUCUUCCAGGGCGCCGAGAAACGGCAGGCCGCGCUGCAGGGCGCCUACGAGGCGAACUCGCCCACGUACAAGGAGGACCUGGAAUUCGCGCUCAAGUCCUACGAGGAGUGCCGGGAGCUGAUCGACAGCGUGUCGCUGUUCAGCGACAACGAGAGCCUGGAGGACAUCAACACGGCGGACCUGCCCUACCUGCUCGUCAACUGCCGCACGGCGGACCUGCUGCAGAAGAUCUCCGUCACCUCGCCCGUGGAGCGCAAGGAGGCCCUCAGGGUCACCCGCGACGCCUACGAGCGCUUCCUCUUCCUCCUGGACACGUACUCGAUCCUGAGCUCGUCCGACGCGAAGCUCUUCGAGUCGUACAUCGAGGACCCGGCCGCGUUCUCGACCAUCCCCACCAGGGACCCCGGCGCGCGACGCAACGCCAAGAUGGCCAACUUCAAGGAGGAGCAGGAGCUCAAGAAGAGGCUGCAGUACAUGCGCAGCUCGCCGCGGUACCUGGAGGACGGGGGAGACGAAGAGGCCGUGAGGGAGCUCUACCUGGCGGAGCUCGCGCUGUGUACGCGGCAGGCCUUCCAGGGGCUCGAGCACCUCAACCUCGAGAUGGAGAUGCUGAACCUCGCGCCCACGCCGUUGAUACCGUUCCGCACCACGGUGGAGGAAGACGAGAGGCGGCGCCGGUCGCCCGAGGGGACCGACCAUUCGGAGCGCCUGGACCAGCCGCUGCGGAGGUUGCAGUCGGCCUUCAACGGCCCCGUUCUGAGCAGAACUGGCAAGCCGCUACGGCCCUUUACGCUCACCAACGAGCGCCAAGACAUUCAAAAGGGGGUGUUCCGACCGGGUCACAAUUUGCCGACCAUGAGCAUCGACGAGUAUCUGGAGGAGGAGCGGCGGCGCGGCGGCAUGAUCGAGGGAGGUGGCGAGGCGAGUGGGCGCCCCAAGACCCCGGAUGAGGAUAACUACGAGAAGGGCGAUGCGGAAACGAUGAAGGCCCGCGAGUGGGACGAGUUUACGGAAGCAAACCCGAAGGGCGCUGGAAAUACCUUGAACAGAGGUUAA